AUGCCAAAGGAACAGGGGCACUUUGGGGAGCGGGCCGCCCGUGGCACCUCAAAGACUGCUAAGGAUAAGAGUAACAGUGCCACCCUGCGGGCGUCCCAGGGUGGCUCCUACAGGGAGCAAUCUGGAAUGGGUGACAUGAGCAACUGCAUGCUGCACUGUGACUCAGAAAAAGACUCUGGGUACUCAGAGGCUGGCUCUGACUCUGUGCACAUCGAUCUAGACGACCAGCGCAGCAGUGUGAGCGAACCUCAAAGGGAAAGCAGCAAAAUCCCCAGCAACAACAACAGUGCAAACGCUGCAGGCCACAACAUGCCUCCCUAUGAGGAGCUCACCCCCAUUUAUAUCAUCAAAAACCUGGUGGUCAAGCCGUCUAGACCGGAGCAGCUUCUGCAUGGCUCCAUGGCAUGGGGUGGAGGUUGGCACAGCCUUACCAAUCCCAAAGCGCCCACUCAGCUCUUGCUGAUCCAACAGCCAACAAUGCCUGCCCCUUCCUCCUCUACCCUGACUCCUUUAUCCAGUCUAGCAGCACCACAGGGUCAAGUUAAGAAAGGAGGCAGCCGCAGCAACCAGAGCCACAGCAGCAAGAACCACAGCAGCAAGAACUUAUACCUGCCCAUCCUAAAUUCUUACCCUCGCAUCGCCCCCCACCCCAGGAAGGAGAGCCAUGAGGGCAAGAGUACCACAUGGGUGGAGGGGGUUAAGGAGAGUGGCAGUGAAGGCCAGAGCCAGAGCAAGAGAGUGUGCAUUGAAGAGGAGAAAAGAGAGGACGUGUCUACCACCAGCCACCUACUGAAGCCCGAGCAGCAGCAUCAGAAGGAGGGGAGAGUCCAUUCCCACUUGCAGUAUAAAGUUAGAGGUCACAGCUCUUCCUCCACCAUCCAACACAAGUCCCACCACUGCCAACAAAACUCGGGUUCUGACAGUGUCGGCUCACCCUCCGUCUCCAGUACCCAGACACCCUCACCACCUUCUUCUUCUGACUCCCCCUCAUUCUCCUCUCCUCCUUCUUCAUCUCCCUCUUCCUCCAUGGCUCACAGCCCAUAUUGCCUGGCUCCAGACAGCUCGUCAACACGCCACCGCCGUUUCUUCAACACAGCCGAGAUCCUCAACCAGUCAGGUCUGCUGGCCAUCACGCUACGCACCAAGGACCUGUUGAAGCAGAAUGCUGCCACUGAGAGAGAAAUUGCCCAGCUCCGUCAGCACACCCAUCUCCUGUGCCAGGUAGCCCAAGCCAGCCAGAUUGGAUACAAUGAAGGCUCAGAGAACAUCAACAAACUCCUCCAGACCAUGACCGAGUCAGGCUCCUAUCCCAGCUUAGACUUAAAUCAACUGAAAGUGCUAAGUGGCAGCCACCAACAGAGUAAGACGGGAAGUGAAGAAGACAAAGGGAAAGAUAACAACAUAAGAACCACUAAGACACACAGCAACCCGCUGCAGGUGGUGUCUUUACACAACACAGAUGAUGGUACAUCACCACCCUCUCCGCUGUUUGCCCCAUCGCCAGAUACAGAAGAAAGAGAGCAUGCUGACGGUCCUCUGGACGGCCCCAUGUCACCCUUCGUCUCUGUUUCCUUUUCCAGGUCUGUCACCGACAAGCAAGCAGUCAUGGACAGGAACUUAAGUGAUCUCACUAUGUUGCCAGAGAGCUCAAUGCACAAUAACUAUCUUCUCUAGCUACUUGGCAAAGAGGACUUGGACUGACAGGGUAACACAUGAACCUAGCAAUACAGGAGAGCAUGGGUUUUGUUUGAAUUGAGCAAAACUGAAUGUGACUAGUUUAAAGGGCACAGAUCUUUUUUUUUUGGGGGGGGGUUGAUUUACAGAUAUGAUUUAAAGUUGGACAUGAUAUAUUUUCCUACUUUUUAAGUCACAGAUUUGCUCAUUUCAGUGGUCCAUUUUUCAUCAGGCCUGUCAUUCACAGUGAUGGAUGUCCAAUAUGUGACAAGAAGCAGACACACAACUGAAACACGUUUACAGAUAAACAGAAAACAUGAGUCAGGUACUGUUGUCAUCACCACUCGGGUCUGUUGUAAAGAUUGCCAGCAUUUAUAGACUGAUUACAGCUUUUCCUUUGUUGUGUUGCUUCUUAGAGUUUGACAGAAGCAAAGAUCACUUCACAUAAGGGCCGACAAGCUUUCAGUAGUAAUAACAGAACUUGCAGUUGCUUUGGCCCAGUUUCCAAUGAGCUCUCCAAAUAAGUUUUCAGUGUGCAAUACUCCUAUAUUUUAUUCUAAGAUAUUUUUUUGCCCUUUUUUUAUUUGAUAGGGACAGCUGAAGAUAGACAGGAAAGGUGGGUAGAGAGAGUGGGGAUGACACGCAGCAAAGGCCCGCAGGUUGGAUUCGAACGCUGGGCCACUGCAGUAAGGACUCAGGCUCAGUAUAUGGGUUGCCAGCUCUACUGACUGAGCUAACCAGGUGCCCACAAUACUCUUAUAGUCUUGCAAUACCAGACAAUCUAAAAUCUCAGUGUCUACCAAUCGCCUAGGGAUUUCUAAAUGCAAAGUAGUUGCGUGAUUGAUCGCUAACACACGUUCGCCCUGUACAUCAAGGACACACUUUACCUGAAACAGUGCUCUCCCCCGAUCCUCCUCCAUAGUGAAACAAAUUGGAGAUAUACUGAAUCACUUUGUGACAUGGAGAGAGCUUUUAAAAAUAUUGAAAAUGGAUGUCCUGACCAACAUUAUAUUGUACACCGCCAUGUAACUCUCUAAUUGUUCCCACCCAGUUUUAGUAACAAAAGCUGGAAGAAAGUCCUCAGUCUCUAUUGUGAGUCUAAUAUUCUUAAUCCAAAGAGCCAGUCUUACUAUCUCAAUUCGUCCCUUAAAGGACCAGUGUGUAGGAUUUAGUGGUAUCUAGUGGUAAGUGAAGCUGUAGAUUGCAACCAUUUGAAUAAAGCUCAGCCUUCCAAGUGCAUAGGAGAAACUACAGUUGCAGGGAAACAUUUAAGGCCCUAUCUAGAGCCAGUGUUUUGGUUUGUCUGUUCUGGAAUUCUUGUGGUUCAAAAUGGCAGACUCGGCCAUAAGAGGUAGACAAAAACAGCUAAUUCUAAGGUAACAAAAACACAACGAUUUUUAGGUGAUACACUAAGGAAAACAUACCUAUGAAUAUUAUAUUAAAGUUCUACCAACAGAUCUUCCUAAAUUUCACACACUGGACCUUUAAAACAUAAAAUGCUAUCCAUACAUACUAAAGCAAAACACUACAUCACAUAUUCCAUCCUCAGAACACAGACACUUCAUAUCAGCACAAGUUCUAAUACUCAAACAUGUGUUUGUAAGCAUUUCUCCGUAUUUUAACGUUGCUAGUCUGGUGAACAGCAUUUCAACACAACACAUGCUAAUUACUUCACCACUAUUGCCAGAGUGGUGGAAAAAAGGGAAAAGAAAUGUAAUUUCUCUCUCUUUGAUUACUGUCAAAAUGUUGCAAUGAGUGUCUGUUACAGUAUUUGGUUUAAUGUUAUAAGCUCUCCAGCACUACAAUAAACCUACAGGUGAUAUAAAUAUCUAAGGUUUGAUAUAUUGAUUAAAAACUUGGUGGAUGCACAACAGAAACGGUAACCUAAUGCAGUGAAGAACUUAAGUUGUUCUUACUCAGUAUUGUUACAAAUGCUGACUUUUGCACAAGUUGCACAUUUUGUUUCUCAUUGCUAUUUGUAUGAUCUUGAUGACAUGACCACCGCAGACUGAGUUUUGAUGAGAAUUAGUUACUGACAGAAUUAUUUGAUAAUUUAUUUUCAAAUAAACAACGAUUCAAAUUCAGUGACAUAAGUUUGAAUUACGCUCAGAUAAACUAACUGUGUGAUGUAUGACAUAUUUUUAUACCGAACUUUUGUCUUUUUUCUUUGUGUGCUGUGUGAGAUUUUGAGGCCAUAUAUAGCAUUUGGAGUUUUGCAAAUUUGUGCCACGGAAUUGUAAAAUGUUGCAGUUACAGCACACUUGUGGCAAGUCCCGCCUUACACUAUAUGUGAACAACUUAUUGCAAUGGAAAUUUUACAAAUUAGUUGUCUUUAUAAAAUUGAAAAAGGAUAUGAUUAACUCACAACUCUGUGUGCUAUUUCUGACUGGGAAUUCAUGCUUUUGCCUCUAACGUGUGAUCAGUCAGGUCUGAUGUGUUCUGGUUGAAUGACUACAGUCAUAGUAGACCGUAUGUGGUGUUUUGAGACAUGGUUUUUGUCACACCUGACCAACUGAUAGAUCUGUGGAUGUGUCCACUGACCAUCUGGAACAGGCAUGUGUGAAACUGAUCAUCUGUACUUGUUCAUGAUCACUGGCCUGACAGGACUGUGGCUGCGAACGUUGCACACUGUACUUUUACUCAGUGGAUUAGUGAAUGAAAUUUCUAAUGAUAAUCAUAUUCAAACUGUUCUAUGGUCUCUCUCUGCAGUGCAAUAUUGUCUAUUAUUUGCUCUUUUCUUUCCUCAGUCAUGUCUGAAUGUCUUGAGUGUGCAUGGAGGUCUGUGUGUUAGUGAGUGCAUACAGGUCUGUGAUGUAUUAGCUUGUAUACAUGCAUUUGCUUACAGAGAUUGAAUUAAAGAUUGAAUCAAUUCUAUCUAGGUUGAUUAAAGAUGUGGGACACAUAACUUAUAAUCAGGUAUAUGGCAUCCCAUAAUGGACUCCCCUCACCUGCUAUCAAACACAACCUUAAACAAUAAAUCUGCUUUGACUUAUGAA